CUACUUUUGCUUUUCCCCUCCUGCCUCCUCUUCUCCUCUCCCUUCUUUCUUAAUCUGGGGAGGACAGCAGGAUGGAGGACAGGGUGUGGACUGUGUGCCUUCUCGUCAUUUUGACUCUGGGAUGGACGGAGGCUCAGAGUCAGAGCAACUUCACCAGGCCUGUCUUCCACUGUGGAGGCCACCUGGUCACAGACUCGGGCAUCGUGGCCAGUGAAGGUUUCCCCAGCUACUACAAACCCAACAGUAAAUGCACCUGGUACAUCACUGUCCCAGAGGGUCAUGUGGUCAUGCUGUCUUUCCGCCUCUUUGACAUGGAGGCCGACCCCACCUGUCGGUACGACUACCUGGACGUCUACAACGGUCACACCCGCUUGGUGCAAAAGCUGGGCCGGUUCUGCGGCACGUUCAGGCCCGGCGCCCUCAUCUCCACUUCCAACACCAUGAUGCUGGAGAUGGUGUCGGACGACGCCACCGGGGGACGAGGCUUUCUGGCUUCCUUCGCCGCAGGGAAGCCACAUGUGGAAGAGAAUCAGUUCUGUGGAGGACGGCUGACCAAAGAGCAGGGCUCUGUCAGGACGCCCAACUGGCCCAACUCUAAUUACCCAGCAGGCAUCAGCUGCUCCUGGCACAUCUCUGUAGAGCCGAACAACGUGAUUGAGGUGAAGUUUGAGAAGCUGGACUUAGAGCCGGACACGUACUGUCGCUACGACUAUGUGGCGUUGUUUAAUGGAGGAGAGAGGGACAACUCAAGAAGAAUUGGAAAAUUCUGUGGAGACAGGCCACCAGGAACAAUAGUGACCAAUGGGAAUGAGCUGCUUGUCCAGUUCGUCUCUGACCUCAGCAUAACCUCAGAUGGCUUCAUGGCCCACUACUCCAGCGUGCCACGUGGGUCUCGAAGACCCACAGCUGGGGGAGAUUUCAUCUUCAGUCCUCAGACGACCUCCAUGCCACAAAAAACACCAGUGAGGCCGAGCAAACCCACCAAACCACCCCCCAAACCUAAACCUACUCCCCAGCCUAAGCCCACGAAAAAAACACUGGUGAAGAAACCUCCAGUGCGCAAACCUACCAAGCCUGUAGUCAAGCCCACGGCUAAACCCAAACCAGCUAGACCCACACCUAAGGUACCUGUGAAGAAGCCCGCACCUAAACCUGGAGCUAAACCAACACCCAAACCUAAGUUUAUCAAGCCAACGCUCAAACCAAGCAUCAAGGCUAAACCCACACGUAAGCCUAUAGUGAAGACCAAGCCCACCUCAAAACCUGCAGUCAAACCAGUAAAGCCAACUCCCAAGAGUGGAGUUAAACCAACAGUUAAACCUAAAGCGACACCUAAACCAGGACUAAGCAAGACAGUGACGAAGAAGCCCGUUGUGAGCAAGAAACCUUUACCACUGAACCCACUGUGUACACAACCCUGUAAGAGGACAGGAACUCUCCAGUCCAGCUUCUGCCCUCAUGACUUUGUGAUUACGGGUAAGGUCACAUCUCUUACUGCUGGUCAGGGGGGCUCAGCAACAAUCGAGGUGUCCCUGAUCAAGGCCUACAAGUUAGGACGCCUCAAUAUCACCAAAUCAGGACCCAUCAUGUCAGUCACACUGACCUCCACCUGCAAGAGGUGCCCUGGGAUAACCAAAGGCAUGAAUUACGUGUUGAUGGGAAAAGUUGAUCAACAGGGCAACGGCCUCCUCAGCCCCUCCAGCUUCACUCUCCUCUACAAGCCCAUCCAUGCCAAAGCACUGGCCAGCCUUUCACGCAAAUCAUGCUGACGUCACAGCUCAAUCCAGCAAUCACAUUAACAGCCCUGGCUAUCUCUCUAAUAACAUGUAACUUUACAUAAGGACUGAAAAUAUUAUUAGUAAUAUGCAAAUGUAAGUUUUAUAUGAUAGAAUACAGAAUAUUAAGCAACAUUAAGUAUCACAUUUUGUAUUUUGUAUGUAAAUUAUAUGAUUUCUGUGUUAAAAGAUGAACAUCAAUAAACCAUGUGAUGCUGGUGGUUGGGGUGAUUUUGA